AUGGUGGAUUACUAUGAAGUUCUAGGAGUGCAGAGAUAUGCGUCACCUGAGGACAUUAAGAAAGCUUAUCAUAAAGUGGCACUCAAAUGGCACCCUGAUAAAAAUCCAGAAAACAAAGAAGCAGCGGAGAGAAAAUUCAAAGAAGUAGCUGAGGCAUAUGAGGUAUUAUCAAAUGAUGAAAAACGGAACAUUUAUGAUAAAUAUGGCAAAGAAGGAUUAAAUGAUGGAGGUGGAAGUCAUUCUGAUGAUGAAUGUGAGUAUGGCUGCACAUUUCAGAAGCGAGAUGAUAUCUUUGAAAAAAUUUUUGGUAAAAGUGACCCAUUUUCAUUUCACUUCUUUCAAGACUCACUUGAGGAUGUUUUAAAUAGUCCAGGAAGCUCCUAUGAAAGCAGAAGCAGAGGUGCAGGGUCCUUUUUCUCUACCUCCACUGAACAUCCAAUUUUCGGGCAAUUUUCUUCAUGCAAUACAGGACACAGAUCAUGUGGUUCACGGGGGCAUGAAAGCCUUACUUCAUUCUCUUCCCUGGUGUUUGAUUAUAGUGUCAUGGGCAACUACAUAUCUGACAAAUUUGUCAAUGACGCAAAUAUUAACACAAAGAAAAUUUUUGAGAAUGAUCAAGAUAGAGAAGUUGAAGAUGACGGAGAGUUGAAAUCCUUCCUUGUAAAUAGUCUGGCAGAUGAAGACGGCUUUGUAGAAGGGUGCAGCUGGAGAGCACAGUCAUACAACAAUCAUUCACCAAAUCGCUAUGGCCCCAAACAUGUAUCUCAAUAUACUUUUGUGGACAAUGAUGGACAAGGUAUAUGUUGGGUCACCAGCACACGGGAUCCUUUUAUUUUCUCAGGAUUCAAAGAAGGUGGUAAAAGGAAAAAGAAGAAGCACAAGAAGGUACAGAAAAAGAAAUCGACCAAGAGGAAUCACUAA